GCACAAAGUAGUAGUUGUUGUCUGGACUUGACAAAAAUUGUUAAGUAAUAAAAUAGAAUAAAAGCUUCAACUGCUUCUACCUGCACAGCACGUCCCACACACUACACUCCCUUUUUCAACAUUAUUCAAGACUUCAAGAUUCCCUCUCCCACAAUCUGAGCAGUAGCAGUAAAAAGGAAAGAUCCAAGAUAGAAUGUCAAGCCACAGUUUUUUCCUCAAUAAUUCAAGCUUGGAUGGGAAGUAGAUAAAGCAGAACAUAACUCCAAUUUAGCGAAUCUCAACUCCGGGCCACAAUGCUGAAAGCCCGGCUGAUCUUACUUCUGCUUGCUUUUUUCUUGGCUCCCAGACCUUCUUUUUCUCGAGCGCCAUAUGCCUUGCGAAUAAGCUGCGGAGCUCGUGAUGAUGUUCAUAGUUCUCCAACAAAUACUUUCUGGAAUAAGGAUUUUGCCUACACAGGCGGAAUUCCUGCUAAUGCAACCCCCCCAAGUUUCAUCUCUCCUUCACUCAAUACGCUUCGCUAUUUCCCUUUGUCUGAAGGUACAGAAAACUGCUACGGCAUAAAUAGGGUUCCCCAUGGCCAUUAUGUGGUGAGGAUCUACUUUGGAUUGGUUGCAGAACCUAGCUUCGACAACGAACCUCUGUUUGAUGUGUCUAUUGAAGGAACCUUAAUUUAUUCACUGCCAUCUGGUUGGAGCAACCACGAUGACGAGCGUGCAUUUGUUGAAGCCCUCAUAUUUCUGAAGGAUGGAACUGCCUCUCUUUGCUUCCACAGCACUGGACAUGGAGAUCCUGCAAUACUUGCAAUUGAAAUUCUUCAGAUAGAUAACAGAGCAUACUAUUUUGGUAAAGGGUAUGGUCAAGGAACGAUUCUCAGAACUGACAGAAGACUCAGCUGUGGUGCUAAGGACCCGAAAUUUGGUGCCGAUUACAGUGCAGACCGCUGGGGUGGGGAUAGAUUCUGGAAUUCCCUCCCAACAUUUGGACAGAGUUCUGACCAAGUCAUAUCUACCAAAAGCAGCAUCAAACAGAUCUCUCAGUCGCCCAAUUUUUAUCCAGAGGCUCUUUAUCAAACAGCACUUAUUAGCACUGAUACUCAACCUGAUCUAGCAUACACAAUGGAGGUUGAACCCACUAGAAAUUACUCUCUUUGGUUACACUUUGCAGAAAUAGAUCCUUCAGUCACUGGAGCAGGACAAAGGGUAUUCGACAUUCUGCUUAAUGGUGAUAUUGCAUUUCCGGAUGUUGACAUUGUCAGUAUGGCUGGCGGUGUUAAUACUGCUCUUGUGUUGAAUACAACAGUUGUUGUUAGUGGCAGGAGUUUGACAAUAACCUUGCACCCUACAAAAGGAAAUCAUGCCCUAAUCAGCGCUAUUGAGCUUCUGGAGCUUGUUUUGGCUGAAUCCAAAACAUUGCCAGAUGAAAUUAAGGCUUUGCAAAAGUUGAAGAGCACACUGGGCCUUCCUCUGCGGCUUGGUUGGAAUGGAGAUCCUUGUGUUCCUGAACAGCAUCCAUGGAGUGGAGUGGAUUGUCAGUAUGACAGAAGUAUCAGAAAACAUGUUAUUGAUGGACUAGGUCUUGACAACCAGGGGUUGAAGGGUUUCUUACCAAAUGAUAUAUCCCGACUUCGUCAUCUCCAGAGCAUAAAUUUGAGUGGGAACAGCAUUUCUGGGGUCAUUCCGUCUUCACUUGGAACAAUUACUAGUCUGGAGAUUCUGGAUCUCUCAUUCAACUCCUUCAAUGGAUCCAUUCCUGAAAGCCUCGGGCAGUUAACCUCAUUACGGAUAUUGGACCUUAAUGGCAACUCAUUAUCAGGAAAAGUCCCAGCUGCGCUUGGGGGAAGGCUCUUGCACGGAGCUAGCUUCAACUUUACUGAUAAUUCAGGUCUUUGUGGCAUCCCUGGAUUACCACAAUGUGGCCCACAUCUUUCAGCUGGUGCUAAAGUCGGCAUCGCACUUGGAGCUUGUGUGGCGUUUCUACUUAUCGCCACUUGCUUGACGUGUUGGUGGAAAAGGCGACAGAAUAUUCUUCGAGCCCAGAGAAUUGCAGCGAGAGACGCCCCAUAUGCAAAGGCCAGAACACAGUUCAAUCGUGAAGUACAAAUGGGAAGACAUCAUAGCCAGGAACAUGCACGGACAGCAGCUGAGAAUGGGCCUAGCUUGCUCGCCUAGUUUAUGGCCAUGAGAUAUUCGCAUGCAGUCUAUACAUGUGCAAGUUUCCUGGUCUGUUUUGUGAAAACGGGAAAGAAGCCUACGAUGCUACAUCAAAUGUUAUGUCGUCCUGCGUGUAAAAAACAGGAUGUCCCUGCCUACAUUCCCAGGUAAAGUGCUAUAUUGUGAAGAUUAACUCACUGCGUCUGAUUGAAGAACUGUAUAUGAGUGUAGUUCUGAAAUAUAGCUGAUGCAAUGGUGAAAAUUGGUUCCAUAAACAUCCACAUUGCCUAUUGGCUACUGCUUUGGACAAAGGCAACUCCAGAUGUCCAAUGCUUUGUUUUUAUGUUUAUACCAUAUGUAUCUCACUAUAAAUUAGUGUAAGUUAUAGGACAUCUUGUGCUUAUUCCUUGUUAAUUUUUUGGUGUUAUGUUUCAAA